GUCACCCUUUGGGUUUAUUCAGACUAGGUGGUUGAGGUGCUUCACAGUUCCAAAGUUAGUACAAGUGAGGGUCAAUAUAACGGACACCUCACAGAAUCCCUACGGACUCCAUUUAAACUCCGUGGUGCUGUCCAUUGUACUCUGACCCUUUCGGUGCACAAAAAACUUAGCCUAAAACUGCUAAACUGCAGCAAUUUGAUCUUUUCAUAAAUUUAUUUUUGACAUAAAUGGAUAGGGGAUAAGAUGUCUUUGGCCAGAAUACCCCUUUAAAAACAGGAAGAGGCUGCCACAUCGAAAUUUUUAAGCUGGUUUCCUCUCCGAAAUUCUGCCGUGUGUAUACCUACAGGUUUUCGGAAGUGGACACCAAGUUGUAACUAUAAAGUUGUGGAUUCGGUAAAAUUGCCUUGUAAUAUUGUGGAUGAGUGACCCUAUAGUGAAGAUAAUGGAUGACUUUCAAGAGCGGACUUUCCUGCUAACCUUUUAUGGACUGUUUUAAUCUGAAUAUUAACCAUUAUAAAGGGAUACAUUAACCAUAGACUGUUGCUGCUCAUGAUAUUCAUGUAUCAUUAUAUCCAGAAAGGUCCAAAUGCUUGUAGGCCAGAACACUCAGUUCUGGAAGAAAUAUCAGUAAUUUCUCUUCAGGUCAGAAGCCUUUUGCAGGCCUCUAACCAAGUCUAUUCUGAUGACCUUCUGCAGGAAGCCGUCUGGUAAGACCGUGCCCGACAAGGAGGGCGUGGACACUGUAACAGAGACCCCUCAACAUUUUCGGAAAAAUGGCUGGAGUUGGCCCCCACACCCAUUGCAGUUUGUGGCCUGGUUCACAUAUCUUCUUUUCGCCAUCAUAGGAUUUGGCAUUCUUGUCCCCCUCUUGCCUCGGCAUUGGGUAGCUGCUGGUUAUGUUUGUAUGGGAGCACUGUUCACUUUACAAUGUAUCGUCCACUUUAUGGCUGUAACCAUUGAUCCAGCAGAUGAGAAUGUACGUGCCAAGAGCUCUCCUGGUCCUCUUCCUGUAUUCGAUAGGACCAAGCAUGCUCAUGUCAUUGAAAACAUGCAUUGUUACAUCUGUGAGGUGGAUGUGGGUGCCAAGUCAAAGCACUGCAGUUUAUGCAAUAAAUGCGUCAGUAAUUUUGAUCACCACUGCAAAUGGCUCAAUAACUGCGUGGGAGGAAAAAAUUACUGGCUUUUUUUCAACUGUCUUAUAUCUGCAUUCCUGGGCACUUUCUUGCUGAGCACAAUUUCAUCAUAUGUAUUUAUAGAAUACUUCAUUGAUCCAACAGCAUUAAGGACUGAUCCGCACUUUACAGCCGUUCAGAACCUUUCAGAUGUGUGGUAUGUGUUCCUGCCUGCAGCACCAGUGGAAACUCAAGCCUCUGUCAUUUUGGGCCUGGCAGCUCUAGUUUCAGUGCUGGGACUCAUUACUAUACUGUUGAUAGGACAACUGCUCUGCUUUCACAUCUACCUCUUGUGGAAUAAACUUAGCACUUAUGAAUAUAUAAUGCACCAGCGGCAGAAGCAGGAAAUGAAGACAAGCAACAUGGAUCCAGAUGCUGGAGGAACACCUCCCACUGGCCGGGCACAGAAUGAGAGCUAUGGUGGAAGUCUCAUUUACACUAAUCCAGAUGUUUUAUUUGAGAGCCCUUCAUCUGGAUCUCCAAAUACAGAAUCACCCGUGCCUGUGAACAUUGAUCAUGGGAAUAGAGACCCUGAGUUUGACCCGAAGACUUCAUCAGCUGAACAGAAGAAACCAAAGAAGAAGAAAAAGAAAAGGACAAAAAGCAACAGAAUCACUCCAGAAGAUUCCAAUAAACAUUCAAGUGGCAUACCAGACGUCCGUGUACUUCCUCCAUCCCUUGAAGAAAAUGAUGCUCCAGUGUCCCCAGCACCUCGGGCCAUCCAUUCGCCCAGUUUCCCAUCAAGGUCUUUACCUGUUUUGGCUCCGAUUAACUUACAUCCAGUUCAGGCUGCAGGACCACCUGCUGAAUAUCACUCUGAUUCUGCAGAGUCUAUGGAAGAAAUUCCAGUAGCCCAAACACAUCUUGGCAGCUCUUCUAUGAGCGAGAACCUGUUUCUCACACCAAGGAGUCCCAAAGACAUAGUGAGUGAGUGUGAGCAUGGACCAAGACAAAAUCACUUCUGGCCUGUCACUUCGCAAAAGUUUGAACUGCUACCAAAGACUCCAUCGAUAUUUGUCAGUGAGAGCAGUGGAAGACCUGCGCCCAAUGGACUUGGCGAAUCCAAAGCACAGAACAUUCACAAAACACAUUACAAAAAGAUGUGGGUGGCAAAGGGCAUGGAAGGAGAGCAGGUUCUUUCCAUCUCUAAUGCAGAAGUUUUGCCCUCCAUCUAUGCUAAUAAGUAGCUAUAACCCUUUUUUAAUAUGAAGAUGUAUAAUCAUUUAUUCUUAAUAAA